UGGUGGUGAUCGGCUUGACGCUUAUAGGAGCUACCAAUGGGAGUGACGAGUGCUCCACUUCGGAGCUAAUGGGCAUCGCGUCAAACAAGAACGUAGCUGGAUGUUCGAAGGCCGCGGGCUUCAGCAGCAUGUCAACGAUCGCAGAUCUCACACCCGAACAGCUCAAAGCCGUCUGCGGGAGCUCAGCUUGUGCAACGUUGAUGAAAGACAUGGCAGCGAUGGGUCUUGGCGACUGCAGGAUCCCGGAGUCCAAGAUUUAUCUGCAGUCCGACAUCAUCGACCCCUUCAACGAAAGAUGCAGCGCCAGCGGAUCGACGGACUCAUCGGCAAGUAGCAGCGGCUCCGUCACCAGCAACAACCUGAGAGACGGCAGCUCGAGCACGACAAGCAGCGCGGCAACGGUUGCCAUCCGAUGUGUUUCGAUGAUGACGGUGGGGAUGGUCAUGAUGCUAGCAUAAGCGCCAUCUACGGCAAUUCAUGAAUACCAGUCCAAUAUAUAUAA